CUUUUGAUCUCCUGCGGGUAAAACUUUUGUGUUUAUCUUUGAAUUCCCAACAAUGGAGAUGUCUAAGGACUCAAAAGGUUAUUAAAUAAAUAUUCACUGAGAGCCAGUAGGUUUAGGAGGAGGAAUGGAGAGCAAGCAUGUAUGAAUUACCUUCUGUAGGUUAAAUACAGUGCUGCUUGUUCUACAGUAUUUAAUGCUCAUCAAGGCUUCAACAUGGCAUAAUCCUAUGCGGCAGAGAGAACACGUUCUCCGGAGGCCUAAAGUCAUUUGGCACAAAUAACGGGCGCCAUUUAGAUCUUUGCAUCUCUUUUCUGAGAAUGCUGGACCCGGGCCUAGUUGGCCUAGAAAUCCUGUUUCCAUAGAAACGAGGGUCUCCGUAGCUGCGAACGCAGGCAGGAAGUGUACUUUGCACUUCCGGAGUCGCGGCCGACCCGGAAGUUGCCCCGCCAUCGCUCAUGGUCGCUCCCGGGCAGGAUGCCGCUCGUGGUGUUUUGCGGCCUGCCGUACAGCGGCAAGAGCCGGCGCGCCGAAGAACUGCGCGAGGCGCUGGCGGCCGAGGGCCGCGCGGUGUACGUGGUGAGCGACGCGGCGGUGCUGGGCGCGGAGGACGCGAGCGUGUACGGCGAUUCUGGCCGUGAGAAGGCGUUGCGCGGAUCCCUGCGCGCCGCGGUGGAACGGCGGCUGAGUCGCCAAGACGUGGUGAUCCUGGACUCUCUGAACUACAUCAAGGGCUUCCGUUACGAGCUCUACUGCCUGGCCCGGGCGGCGCGCACCCCGCUGUGCCUGGUGUACUGCGUACGGCCCUGCGGUCCGAGCGGCGGACUUCAGGUGGCGGGCGCGGGGGAGAACCGCGGCCGGGACGGCAGUGUGAGUUGGCGGCCACGCUUUGAGGAGGGCGGGAGACCUCAGGCGGCGGGCGCCGGUGCGCCCCGGGAACUGCGUGCGGCGGGCUCUGUAGUAAACCGGAGAGCCCAGGCCGAAGGACCGAAGGAACUGGAGCCAGAGGAAACCGGUACAAGAGAUUCUCCGCAGUCCGAAAACUCUUCAGAGCCUUUACCUACUAGUACCUUUUACCCCCCCGAACUUGUGGAGGCCCUAACGCUGCGCUUUGAGGCUCCCGACUCUCGAAACAGAUGGGACCGGCCUUUGUUCACCUUGGUUGGCUUAGAGGAGCCCUUGCCUCUGGCGGAGAUCCGGACUGCCCUGUUUGAGAACCGGGCCCCUCCACCGCAUCAGUCUACACAGUCCCAGCCCCUCGCCUCUGGCAACUUUCUGCACCAAUUGGACCAGGUCACCAGCCAGGUGUUGGCCGGGCUGAUGGAAGCGCAGAAGAACGCGGUUCCUGGGGACUUGCUCAGGCUUCCUGGCACCACGGAGCACCUGCGGUUUACCCGGCACUUGACCAUGGCAGAACUGAGUCGCCUCCGUCGCCAGUUUAUUUCCUACACUAAAAUGCAUCCUAACAAUGAGAACUUGCCUGAACUGGCCAAUAUGUUUCUUCAGUAUCUGAGCCAGAGCCUGCACUAACAAGAGUGAGUAGGGGGAUGCCAUGGUCCCUAACUUCGCUGUAUUUCGCAGCGCUUUUGCGUUGUAUUUAUCUGGGAAGAAUAGUCUGAAGGUCUGCAGAUAACAGUACUGUACCACAUCCAUUGUGACUGAUUCACUCAAACUUUCCUGACUGCCUCUGUGCUAGGCCUUGAGGUAACCCCUAAGUUGUGACUGGAGAGAAUGGAGAGCUUGGAGUAUCCUGGCAAAUAGUUUCAGAGGACAGAACUCAGGAGAAGACAUGUUGCUUAGAUUGGAUUCUACUGGGGAUAUCACAGACCAUUGUUUCCCCCUAUCUCAGUUGUGGGAGAGCAGACCGGAUGGAUGAGAAUUGCUUUAAAACAAUUGUCAACAGCGCAGUUCCGCAUCGGCACCUGCCUUUUUUUUCAUACUAAGCAUUUUUGAAUACCAUGCUUUUUGGCUGGUCACUAUGAGACUGAGUUCACAGAUCCAUUGGUUUCUGUCCUUGGGAGGCGUUGAUUUUGUGGGACGGGAAGCAUAACCACCAGAUUAUUCCCUCUAUUAAAAUCUUUUAAAGUA